AUGAGAUACUGCCAGAAACUUUAUCAAGUUUCUCCAGCUCGGGGUCAAGAUUGUUCGGAUACCGAAGAAAAUGCCCUCAAAAUGGCUCAGGAACACAAUAAUUACAUUUACGUUCCACCCUACAAUGACGUGCAUGUUAUUGCUGGACAGGUGACCGUCGGUUUGGAGAUUCUGGAACAAUCAUCACGACAAGCUGCAAUGAUCGACGUGGCUUUUGUCUGCAUUGGAGGAGGUGGACUCAUUAGUGGAGUAGCCGCCUACUUGAAGGCAAAACGUCCCGGAGUCAAGAUUGUGGUGUUCGACCUGCGACGUUCUCUCGGCCCGAAAGCUCUAACGCUCUCUUCUCUAGUGUUCAAAAUUGAGGGCAAUGGGUCCGAGAAUUCCGAGUAG